GAAACACCCGUAUUGCGACCAAUUGGCUCGCAAUAAUACACAACUAGUCGAAAUAUCUACAGACAGACAGCAAACAACACACGAAUAGGUAUUAACGAAGAAAAACAAGACCAGCAGCGGCUAUGCCUCCCCCACCCUAUGUAGUCGGCGACUCAUCGCCCUUCCUCAAGCGCGUCAUAAUUCCCUUCUGGGUAUUCCGGGUUAUCAUCAUGGUUCUCGAGCUGGGCGCGUGCGGUCUCGUGAUCGCCGCCAUCACCCUUCAACAGGACGACUUAGAAAGCGACUUCGGCGACACCACGGUCAAGACAGCGAUUGCCAUCGUGGCGGUCUGCAUGAUGCUCGUCUUUCUGUGUUUGGUGCUGGACAUUGUGUGCAUCAUCAAGCGCGGGCGGCGCACCCUGAGCCCCAAGUUCUUUUUGAUCACAAACGUCGUGCAGACGACCACUUGGGUGGUUUUGAUUAUUUUGGCUGUCAUUGGUGCUAGGACUGCAGCGACCAUCAUUCUCGCAAUCGUGAUCCUAAUCUCCUUCGUCGGCAUGCUCAUCUACGCUUCCAUCAUCUACCACCGAUUCCGGAAGGGCGACCUCAAUCCCGGCGCUGGCGGCAAUGGCUACGUCAAGGCAGUCAACCCCGCCAUCAAUCAAGGCUUUUACGCUGAAGACACGGCCUACGCUUCUCAAGCCUAUGCCAUCCAGGCUGAGCCUUCUGCUCAGAAGUAUCCUGCCAGCCCCUACAGCGUGGGAGUCGCGCCUGUCGAAGCAGCAGCAACGACGCAAUAUCCUAAGCCUACGUUCUACGACGCGCCGGCGCAAGGUGGUCAGCAUCACGGAUACGAGCUUGAGAGCCGUAAUCCUUAGGUUCAUCAAACUUGGGGGUACAGUCAAGGAUGAAUUGGGUUAAUGGGUAAUGAUGAUGAAGGAUCAUUCUUUUUUUUUUUUCUGGUCGGAGUUGGUGGGUGAUGGGGGUGUUUGGGUUGGACAACAGGGGCUAUCUGGAUGCCGGACGGGAUAGAUGGCUGGGUUGUCCUGCUAUAUUGGUGAUGCGGAGUAUACCUAGGCUCUGCAAAACAAUCCUCAUUAAAUUUCCUCAACCACAGACCGGGACGGACUCUGGUUUUUUUUUGUUUUACCAAUCAGCUGCAGAAGGUAUUCCGUCCCUUUCAGAUUUAUGCCGAGGAAGAUAACAGAGUUUCAUGCCCCGAGUCUGAGCUGGGUAUCUCUCUCAAAUCAUGUCACCAUGGGCUG